UGCAGCUCGGCGGCGGGAGCUUCUGUCUGCGCGGACCUGGAAGGCGGCGGCCGCUCCUCUAGCCUUCGCGAGCUUGGCAUCCGCAGAGCGCUGCAGCCGCUCGCUCGCCCGUCCCCGUGCCGGUCCCCGUCCCCGUCGCGCGGCCAGGGCACUGCCCCAGUUGCUCUCUUCACCAUGAUUCCCUGCAGAGCAGUGCUGACUUUCGCGAGAUGUCUGAUCCGGAGAAAAAUUGUCACACUGGACAGCCUAGAAGAUUCCAAACUCUGCCGCUGCUUAACCACCAUGGACCUCAUCGCCCUGGGGGUUGGAAGCACUCUGGGUGCUGGUGUUUACGUCCUUGCUGGGGAAGUCGCCAAAGCAGAUUCUGGCCCGAGCAUUGUGGUGUCUUUCCUCAUCGCUGCGCUGGCCUCGGUGAUGGCUGGCCUUUGCUAUGCUGAAUUUGGGGCCCGGGUACCGAAGACUGGAUCUGCGUAUCUGUACACAUACGUCACGGUCGGAGAGCUGUGGGCCUUCAUCACUGGCUGGAAUCUCAUCCUGUCAUAUGUCAUAGGUACAUCCAGCGUCGCAAGAGCAUGGAGUGGCACCUUCGACGAACUUCUUAACAAACAGAUUGGCCAGUUUUUCAAGACAUACUUCAAAAUGAAUUACACUGGUCUGGCAGAGUAUCCAGACUUCUUUGCCGUGUGCCUUGUAUUACUUCUGGCGGGUCUUUUAUCUUUUGGAGUAAAAGAGUCUGCUUGGGUGAAUAAAUUCUUUACAGCUAUUAAUAUCCUGGUCCUUCUCUUUGUCAUGGUGGCUGGAUUUGUGAAAGGAAAUGUGGCUAACUGGAAGAUCAGUGAAGAGUUUCUCAAAAAUAUAUCAGCAAGUGCCAGAGAGCCACCUGCUGAAAACGGAACAAGCAUCUACGGGGCUGGCGGCUUUAUGCCCUAUGGCUUUACAGGGACGUUGGCUGGUGCUGCGACGUGCUUUUAUGCCUUUGUGGGUUUUGACUGCAUUGCAACAACCGGUGAGGAGGUCCGGAAUCCCCAAAAGGCUAUUCCCAUCGGAAUAGUAACUUCCUUACUUGUUUGCUUUAUGGCCUAUUUUGGGGUCUCGGCAGCGUUAACACUUAUGAUGCCUUACUACCUCCUGGAUGAGAAAAGCCCACUCCCUGUUGCAUUUGAAUACGUCGGAUGGGGUCCUGCCAAAUACGUUGUCGCGGCAGGUUCCCUCUGCGCCUUAUCAACAAGUCUUCUUGGAUCCAUUUUCCCAAUGCCUCGUGUAAUCUAUGCUAUGGCGGAGGAUGGGUUGCUUUUCAAAUGUCUAGCUCAAAUCAAUUCCAAAACGAAGACACCAAUAAUUGCUACUCUGUCAUCGGGUGCAGUGGCAGCUGUGAUGGCCUUUCUUUUUGACCUGAAGGCUCUCGUGGACAUGAUGUCUAUUGGAACCCUCAUGGCCUACUCUCUGGUCGCAGCCUGUGUGCUUAUACUCAGGUACCAACCUGGCUUGUGUUAUGAGCAGCCCAAAUACACCCCUGAGAAAGAAAUUUUGGAAUCAUGUACCAAUGCAACUUCGAAGAGCGAGUCCCAGGUCACCAUGCUGCAAGGACAGGGUUUCAGCCUGCGAACCCUCUUCAACCCCUCCGCUCUGCCCACAAGACAGUCGGCAUCCCUCGUGAGCUUUCUGGUGGGAUUCCUGGCUUUCCUCAUCUUGGGUUUGAGUAUUCUAACUACAUAUGGAGUCCAGGCCAUUGCCAGACUAGAAGCCUGGAGCCUGGCUCUUCUCACCCUGUUUCUUGUCCUCUGUGCUGCUGUCAUUCUGACCAUUUGGAAGCAACCACAGAAUCAGCAAAAAGUGGCCUUCAUGGUCCCGUUCUUACCGUUUCUGCCGGCCUUCAGCAUCCUGGUCAACAUUUACUUGAUGGUCCAGUUAAGUGCAGACACUUGGGUCAGAUUCAGCAUCUGGAUGGUGCUUGGCUUCCUGAUUUACUUCGCCUAUGGCAUUAGACACAGCUUGGAGGGUAACCCCAGGGAUGAGGAAGACGAUGAAGAUGUUUAUUCAGACAACAUCAACGCGGCAACAGAAGAAAAAUCUGCCAUGCAAGCAAAUGACCAGCACCAAAGAAACCUCAGCUUACCUUUCAUACUUCAUGAAAAGACAAGUGAAUGCUGAUGCCGGCCUACGGUCUUACCACACGUACCUUAACAAUGAGCACACUAUGGUAGGAUGCCACCAUCAUGCUGGGUUGUCAUGGGUCUGCUGCGGACAUGGCUCGCCUAACUUAAUACUUCCUCCUCCAGACAGCUUCUCUUCAGAUGGUGGAUUACGUGUCUGGGGAGACUGCCUGAGAGCACUCCUCAGUGAUGAGCAUUCCCGAACAGUAUGUCCGUGUGUGUACAUGUAUGUUUGGGAAUGUUAGUGUCCGAUGUUGUUGGUUAUUACUCUGUGACAUAAUUCCAGUGUGGUAAUUGGUGGCACGUUCUGCUCAUACUAGUAAACAGUAUAUUGCUGAAUACAGAUGUAUCCUGUACAUGCCCUAUGUGGUUGGAGACAUAGUGGUGGUUUUCCUUAUUAGGUAUAUGACCGUCAGUUUGGACAUACUGAAAAUGCCAUCAGAGGUCAGGGAUGGGAAGGGAUAAGGAAUGGGCCUUUUCUAUAUACUAUAACACAUGUAUUCUUCUCCUACUUGCUAAGACAUUUUUCUAAAAUGACCAGGGAGAGUUUGUUUCCUCUGUAUGACAAGAUGAAGAGGUAGUCUGUGAGAUGAGAUGGCCAAUCGUGGUUUUGAGAGCCUUGGUCCUUAAAUAUAACACCUCCACCUGCUGUAAGUGGUAAACCCCUCAACCCUGUGAAGGUCUCAGCAAAGGUACCAUGGCCUACUUGGGACCCUUUAAGCCAGAGAAUGGAAGUUGUCCCAUGGCCUCCAAAGAUCAGCAUAGUUGCCUGGAUAGGUUUCCUGUUUUCAAAAGACACUGAAGACAGACGAGGCCUCCAUGUCACUCAUUUGGUAGAAUGGUCCCGGCUAUUUCCCAUUACUUUAUACCUGAUCAUAGCUCAAUGCCAGCUCCUUUAUCAACUGCAGAACUCGGUUUUUACUUCUCAUAUUUCCUCUGAUCUGGAUGGCAAUGAAUGUGGUAGCAAAUUCUAUUUUUACAGUGUACAAAAAAGACACAGAUGAAGGGGUAUAGGAAAAUACCCUUAGUCCAGUAUCACAGGGCAUUGGAGCCCAGUUUAAGGAUUUUAGACCUAAUUUACCCUGAUAAUUUCUUUUAGAAAUGUUUAGAGAUUCUUCCACCUCCCACCCUAUCCCAUUGUUUAGCACUUUUUAAUUUUGUUUUCUCCAUUUGUUAGUUUGUUUGUUUUUCAAGAUAGGGUCUUUCUAUGUAGCCCUGGAACUUACUCUGUAGACCAGGCUAGCCUUGAACCUUGAACUCACAGAAAUCCACCUGGCUCUGCCUCCCAAGUGCUGGGAUUUAAGGCAUGUGCCACCACUGCCUGACCAUUUAGCAGUUUUUAUUUCAUUUGCUUUUAAAGGACCACACAAGCCUCUUAACAAUAAAUCAUCAACUACUUUCAGAACACGAUUAUAUAAAAAUUUGAGCUAAAUAAGCAAACUGAAUUAAAAGCACAGUGACCUUUGUAUAUGAUUAAAUAAACUUUUAAAUUUAAGAUUCUCUGAUUGCUACACUUUUACUUUAUAGGGCUCUCUGAUCGUGGAUUAUAAACCUCCUGCCAUUCUUUUCCUCAUGAAAACUUUGUAUGAAUAAUUAAAUAGUUUGUUGGAUAAAUCUAGAGCUAGACCCUUAUACAGGUGUGGCCUCCCAGGAGACCACGGAUGCUAGUUGCCCUGCAAAAACCACAGACAAGGAAGAUGGUUGCUUUCCCAUGGUUGUCUAAGAGAUCAUUUAUCUUCCUGGUGCUGUUUAAAAACAAGCUGUCGUCCUUCCGAUGUAAGCAAGAGUUCGUUGUGAUUGGCUCUCAGACAAGCAGACAAAGGUUCUGUGUUCCUGGUUUUCAGGGAUGCAUCCCUGACCCAGAACUUAGUACUGACAUUCCAAAAUUUCUAGGGUGCAUGUGAUAAAAUCUGAAGGCCAGACACUCUUUCUAACUGCUUGCUUUACAGAGGAGGAAGGGGAUAAACAAGAGCUAAAAUAGUUUGGGAAGGAAUGCAGGCAUGAUCAGAAAUUCUUGAUGUCAUUAAUCGAUGCUCAGAGAGGGAGAGUCGGAGAUGAGCCCCAUGAUAGGUUAUCUAAUCCCAAAUAGUAAACAUUAAACACUUGUACAUACAAGCAGUACUAAAUGGACCCAACAGGUUACGUACACACAGACACUAUAUAACAAUAAUAAUAAUAAUAAAAGAGGUUAUGGAUUUCAUAAGGAGUGGGGGGUUGGAGGGGAAAGGCGAAGGUAGAAAUUAUCAGAAUACUUUAUUCAUGUAUAAUAUUCUCAAAAAAAUUAAUUUAAAUUAAAAAUCCUUACAGUUAACAGCAGUGCCCUUCACACAGGGAAUGUGAGCAGUUUCAUGUAUGAAUCCCCUGGAUUUCUUACUGUAACAGAAACAGAUUCGUUCAGACGGUGAAAGGCAAACCUGAAUUAUUGUGCCCACUGUCUUCAAUCAGGGGCAGAAUCUAGUUCACAAUGUUCACACCAGAACACGUUGGAAACAUGAAUGUCUGUGAAGAGAUGCUUUCUCAGUGACAUGUGCCCUUUCUUUCCUGUGAAGAACCGAAAUGACAGCAUGUCUGUGUGUGUAUAAUGUUGAGAAACACAUUAACAUAUGUAUGUGUGAUGUCUAUAUGUAUGUGUUGGGGGAGAUUGGUUAUCAGUGUGUAAGUAAGUUGAGUUUAUGAUGAGCUUUGGAUAUGAUAUUGUUACAUAGAUUAAGAAAAAGCCCAAUUGAUGUGGGGAGAGAUUAAUGUUUUAUACUGAUAGAUAAUUUAGAUUUAAGCUAUUUUAAGAUAUACAGUUUUAUAUUAUACAUUUUCUAUAGAUAGAUUCUUUAAGACCUAUUUAUCAUGUUUCUAAUAUGAAGUCACUAAACUCUAGUAUAUUAUGACAGGUGCUUUGGAAUCUGAGUGGAGCAGGAGCCGAGGCCUUGAGAUGUUCUUGUUUGUUUGUUUCUGUAGCACUGUUUCUGACACACAUGAAUGCCAGCACAACCAGCUCUUUGCCAACCCUGUCCUGCUACACUUGAGUCCAGUACACUUUGUACAAAAUGUCCUAGUCUGUGUCUUGGAAUUACCUAAAUAUUUUGUGUAGAUUUGACUAGUUGAGUGAAUACCCAGAAUCUCAGAUGGUUACAUUUAUUUAUCAGGAUGAGCACAAGCAACUUGGAUUUCUUCCUUCCUUCCUUCUUUUCUUUCUUUUUCUUACACUACAAGCUGUGCUAUUGGUACGUUCAGUGAGAGUGUCUCAUAACAGAUCUUUAACUUUCUAGUCUUUACAAAAGAAACUGGCCUGUGAGCUAGCACAUAAUGUUCAUGCCAGCCACACAUUUAAAAGGGUGGUUAUGAGAACUCAAGUUUAGAAAUUCCUGAGAAAAACUUACUAGAACCUGUAAGGUGUUCUCGAAUACCUUCAUCUUGUUUUCCUUAGUGAUAAAAAAUGUCAAUAAAACUAAAUAACCAAAAUACUAUAAAUGUAUAUAUCAGCAUUAAUAUGUAAAAUCAACAUGGAAACUACUGUUGAUGUUAACUUUAGUACUAACUGAAAUUGAUUUAAAAACAACCCCAGCUUCUGAAUCAUCUUCCUAAAGAAUAAAAGGUUAUCUAAUUUUAGCUUUUACAAAGUAUUUAUGUCAUCCAAACUUUUUGCUAAGCCCUGAAUGUUUGCAGGUAGUUGUUUAAAAAUGUUCUCUGAUAAAACACUGUGAGUUGGAAUUGUCACUAAAUUGCUUUGUAAGAUUAAACAUUUAGCACAGGUGAAGAAGGAAUGUGAUUGGCUUACCUUACAGUGCUAAGGAUUCAGAAGGAAUACCAGCACCUUCCCUUCUCCCUUCUUAUAUCUCUAGAGAGAGAGAGAGAGAGAGAGAGAGAGAGAGAGAGAGAGAGAGAGAGAGAGGUGUGAUGGUGUAAAAAUAAAUCAGAGUGUAUCCCCAAAUUGCCACCUAGAUGAUGAAGUUGCACUGAAACCCCAGCUCUUGCUUUCUGGCAACACUGCUAAGGAUUUCUCCAGAUACACUUCAAGUGAUAGUCUUCAAAAUACACUGUCAACAGCACUUUAAAAGGUUGGGUUUAGAGUGUUCUUCAUAAAUGAUUCACGUUCACCUAAAGUGCAGGGCUUGGGGCUGGUUAGAUAAGUGACGUUAACUGUCCUUUUUCUCGUACCAAAGUAGUGCCUUCUACAGGAAGUGCCUUCUGUACAUUUUCUAUUUUAUAUAUCAAGGAAAAGUGCUGAAAUUCAUGUAGUCAGUAAUGCCAGCAAAGAUCAUCUUAGCUCUAGAUGUGAAAAUAAGGCUUCUAAACUUUAUUGUUUAACUAAGACUUUGUUUUCCUUGUAUACUUAUAUUUAAAGAAUUUAAGAUAGCUUUGUGGAUUUUUAAGAGGCCUGCUUCUACUGUUGUUUUCCUGGUGUAGGUGCUGGCUUUUGUAGUAUUUGUGAUUCUUUAUAUUUACAGUUUGGUCUUACUGGUUUCAGAUGUAUUCUGUUAUGUAAGCAUAACUAAUUUUACAACUACUGGCCAGGAGCUCUAUACCUGCCUAUUUUGACCCAUAGCUGAAGCCACUGCCACGAUUGCUGAACUCCAAACAGCCUUUCUGACCACUGACAGACCCAUAGAGAUUACCUAGGACCCCAUUUGAUGCCACGGCCAGGCAGCCUGCGGUAUGUGGGCAUCUGCUGUCACACUCUGUUGGUGUCUUACAUAGUAAGGUAGAGUAGGAAGUAAUGAGGAUAAAGUCAUCUGAGAUCCUUAACUUGAGUUGCAAAUAGCACCUGAGUGUGUUAAGAUGAAUAAGGACCAAGGAAUAUCUGUGACUCAUGAAGGGGGUGGCUAUGUCUUGGGACUGAUGUGGCAGGGCCUGGCCUGCUGUAUUUCCUGCAAGUACAUAGGCUCAAGGUAAAAAGUACAUCACCAAGACCCUGACGGCAAAAAGCCUUGUGCUGCCUGCAGGGCGGGCUCCUGUACCCACACCUCGUCGAUAGGCCCCUCCCUUUCAUGUCCACUGGCAGUGCCAAAUUGCUUCGUUGCUUUUUUUGUUUUUGUUAUUGUUAUAUUUAAUAGCAGUUGUGCAUCGAGACCUAAAACCAUCUAGAACUUCUAUGUCUACAAAACCCUACACUAUUGCAAGUAUUUUGUAUUGCAAGCAUUGUAAGUGCACUAUUGCAAGUAUUUGUGCAAAUGUAAAAAAAUGUGUUGUUUAGUAGCUAAUUUUGAUGUUUUUAAUGACAAUUGGUGUUCCUUUUUAUAUGCAAAGUUGGACUCUUUUUUUAGACUUUGUAAAUAAAAACUUUUGCUGCUUUAA